UUGGGAUUUUACUAGACGGGAUACAGUUUAUGUCAAAAAAUUUCGUAACAGGUUAGGAGAAUAUACCCAGUAGUUUAGGAUAAUUAACGUACCGGGUUAGGAUAAUUUGGUUAAUGUUAUGAAAAAGGGUUACGGGUAGCUAAAAUUUAUUUUUUUAUUAUUUUAUUUUAAACUUUUGACGUUAAUUUGACAUAAAGUGUAUCCUCUCUAGCAGUGACCCGCGCGUCGUCGACUGCAGCCUUGCGUGACAACACCAGAAAAAGGGGAUUCGUGUUUCGCAUAAAUAUCCCUAAAUAAACCUGCAAUCAUGGGUGAAUUCCUGAAAUACAUCGACUACGAUCACAAGACCAGUUUCCUGAAGAUGUUGAACCAGCAGAGGAUGGAAGGGGACCACUGUGACGUUGUGGUUGUGGUGGAAAACGUUGAGUUCAGAGCUCACCGCUGUGUCCUGGCCGCCUGCAGCAUCUACUUCAAGAAGCUGUUUAAAAAACAGAACGAUGUGGACAACUCCAUCGUGGAGCUCGACUUCAUCCGUUCAGACAUCUUCGAGGAGGUCCUCAAUUACAUGUACACCGCCAGGCUCGCCGUCCGCAAAAAGGACAUCAACCUCAUGAUGUCAUCCGGACAGGUCCUGGGGAUCACGUUCCUCGACAACCUGUGUUCGCAGAAACGUGAGCCCAACAUGAAGCCGAGUCGUGAGAACCAGGCGCCAGGGGACGGUAUGAGAGCCCAGGACGCCAUCCUCAAAGAGCUGGCCAUGGAGGAAGUGAGGAAGAACAGCUUCUACGAUGGAGGGAUGGAGGCCAUGGGCUCCGGGGGGCCUCACGGGGUCCCUCCUCACUUUGGCGGGAACAUGUCUAAAGACCCCCACAGCGCCCACGGCUGGACCUCCUCGUCCUCGUCCUCCAGCGAUAUGAAGCUUGACUACCUGCUGUACGGCCACCGCUCUGACGGCAUCCACCCGGGAAUGAAACCAGGCGGAGACGGCCCCAAGAAAGACAAGUCCCACCUGGCCCACCGUCCGUUCGCUUGCGAGGUGUGCCCCAAAACCUUUACCACCCAGGCCCACCUCAAAGAGCACCUGAAGAUCCACACGGGCUUUAAACCGCACCGCUGCCUGGUCUGUGGCAAGGCGUUCAUACGAGGGCCCGACUUAAAGCGGCACGAGAGGGUCCACAGCAACGAGAGACCCUUCGGAUGCCAGAUGUGUGAAAAGGCCUUCAAGCACAAGUCCCACCUGCGAGACCACGAGCGGCAGCACCGAGGGGAGAGGCCCUUCAACUGCGGCUCCUGUGAAAAGGCGUUCAUCAAAGCGUCCGACCUGAAGCGCCACUGGAACACGAUGCACAGCCAGCGCAGGGCGCUGUCCCCCGCCGCCGCCGCCACGGGCAGCAUCCAGGGAGACGCCGACACGCAGAGCCAGAGGGACUGGAAGCUAGAGGCUGGGCCACACUCGUAAGGACAGACUGUUACACACACACACACACACCAAGCAUUACAUAGUGACAGACACACACACACACCAAGCAUACAUAGUG